UAUAUCGAAAUGGAUAGCGCCAGUAUUUCAUCUAGAGAGAAAAUUAUCGUCGGUGGAAAGUAUAAAUUCAUACGUAAGAUAGGCAGUGGUUCGUUUGGAGACGUUUAUCAUGGCGUCGACAUCACAAAUAGAGAAGGUGUUGCUAUAAAAUUGUCAAGAAAAGCAAAGCGUUAUCAACUACUCUACGAAAGUAAAUUAUAUAAAAUUAUUCGAGGUGGUGUUGGUAUACCGCGUAUACGAUGGCAUGGACAAGAAGGUAAUUAUAAUGCUUUAGUCAUGGAUAUUCUUGGGCCAAGUUUAGAAGAUCUUUUUACAUUCUGUUUACACCGUUUCACUAUGAAAACAGUGUUAAUGCUGGCUGAUCAGAUGAUUGAACGAAUUGAAUAUGUUCACAAUAAGAAUUUCAUUCAUCGAGACAUUAAACCAGAUAAUUUUCUUAUGGGAAUUGGAAGACAUCGCAUUAUGCUUUAUCUCAGGGACUUUGGUUUAGCAAAAGAAUAUAUUCUCAGAAGAAAACAUAUGCCUUAUCGUGAGGAUAGAAAUUUGACUGGUACUAUCAGGUAUGUUAGCAUCAAUACCCAUUUGGGUAUCGAACAAAGUCGUAGGGACGAUAUGGAGUCGAUAGGAUAUGUGUUAAUGUAUCUUAAUCGCGGAAGUCUACCGUGGCAAGGUUUGGAAACAGAGACCGAAACAGAGAUAUAUGAAAAAAUACGUGAACUAAAAAUGUCGAUACCAGUAGAAGUUCUUUGUAAUGGAUUUCCGGCCGAAUUUGCAACGUACUUGAAUUACUGUCGAGGUCUCCGCUUUGAUGAAACUCCAAAUUAUACUUACCUGAAGCAAUUAUUUAGCAAUUUAUUUCGCACACUGAAUUAUCAAUACGACUACGUAUUCGACUGAAACAAUGUUAAUUUAAUUAAGCAAAAACAGAAAGCCGACCAGUCGGAAGUAGCAAAUUAAUGUUUUUUUGAAUGGGUUCCGUUUUAUUUAUAUGUAAAAACAGUUAUGUCAAUGGAAAUGUAACAUUAUAAGAAAUUCUGUGACGAUUGUUUUUUAUUUCAAUUGUUUUUUAUUGUUCCCGAUAGCAGAUACAAUGUUAUUUUUAUAUCUUAAUUGUAAUUAUUUUUAAAUCUUAAUUGUAACGUUUAAUGCGUUAGUCGUUUGUACAUAUCUUUUAAACUGUAAAUGUUCAAAUUAAAUUUUCAACAUCUAAUAACUUUUGUAAACUGUUUAAGAACUACUCAUC